CUACUAUCAAGUUCCAAACAAAAUAAUUUGACUUCAAACUAAUUGCUAAAUGAUUUUUCAAAAUUAAAAAGUUAAAUUUUUAAAUAGAAUCGAAAUCAUUGUUUAUGGAGUUAUGGUUGUGUUUAUCUUUAAGCAUGAUUUUCCUUGUACAGCUUCCUUAAUUCCAACCAACGACAUACACAACGCUCCCCAUUAUCAAAAUUUAACGUUAGGAAGUGGCAUAUCCCGAGGACAAUUGAGUUGAGAUUUCAGAAAUUUCAGUGAAACCUGUACAUUUUCCUUUAGUUUGAUGUUUCAGUCAUGGCUUCCAACGAAGAAGUAACAGUAGGAAUUCCUUUAAGAUAUUGGGUGGACAAUGAAAAAAAGCGUGUAGUUAUGGCGGAAGCAAGCGGAGACUUUGUAGAUGUUCUCUUCAGUUUCCUCACCCUUCCAUUGGGAACUAUCACCAGGCUUGAGGUCGAGAUUGGUUGCAUAAAAAAUCUGUACCAGAGUGUGAGAGAUUUAAACCCUGAUGUAUUCUGGAACAAGAUGUGCAAGGAAAUGUUGCUUUUUCCUCACAACCCUUUAGAAGCCUCUUGCCAGAGACUAAAAGUGAAUGUGGAUGACACACGACCCACAAAGUAUUUCAUGUGUGACACCUGUUCAAAGAGCAAUGGUUUGCUGGUGAGUACUUUUGAUGGGGCAGCGUGCUCCUGUGGGAAAUUGAUGACAAACGAAACGGAGCUGUUAAAAGAAUCCAGAGAAGGGGAUAAUGGUGUUUUUGUUAAGGGGGAUGCCAUGUUCUUGAUCUGUGAUGACUUGACAGUCCUCGAAAGCUCUCCAGGUAACGCAGUACAACCCCUCCGCAAAUAUGGACUCAAAGACUUGAGCAAGAUUGAAGAAAAGUCAUUACAAGUUGACACGGACAAGAUGAUUAGGGUACUAAAGAAGGUAUUAACCUCCAAAACUCCUCUAAGUGAUGCAUUCUUGGAAAAAGAAUCUAGUCCAUCCGACUCUUUCUCACGAUACAUUGGCCCAAGUAAUUGGAAAGGUUCAGUAGAAAUCAAGGUAAUGGUGAGUAAAUCAAAGAAAGAGAUUCUGUUUGCUAAAGAAGAUGGAAAUUUUGUUGAUUUUCUAGUCAGCUUCCUCACAACACCUCUUGGGUCUAUUCUGAACCAUAUGAAUGGUAAAUUAUCCUUGGGAAGUAUUGAUAACUUGUACGCAAGUGUGAAGAAUCUGGAUUCAUCAUGGUUCAUAGGAUCAUCGAAGAAACUGUUACUGAAUCCAGGAGUGGCUCCUCAAUUUGGUUGUAAGAGCAUUCAACUAAAUGUUUUACAAGAAGUCCACACUCCUGAGUAUUGGUAUGGCACUCCGGUGACAGAUGAUAAGGGCAGUGAAAGGAAAAUGAUUUCAACGAAAAGAGAUAUGUUACGAGAUCCAGCAGAAAUGAAACUUUUUGAGCCAAGAUGUUGUGAUGGAGCAAGAGAACGUGCAGUGGGAUUUGUGAAGAGGCCGUGUACAUUUGUGGUGAGCGAUGAUUUGGAAGUGAAAACUACUAGGAAUGCAAUUGAAGAGACAACCACUAGCAUUACGUAUCUGCGAGAAAUGGAGAAUCUCCGGUUGGAUGAUUUGGAGGAAAAUUCGGUGAAAAUCACCAAGUCCCACGAGGCACUGAACCUGUUGAGGGCAUCUUUGACAUCCAAUGGAGCUGUUUUGACACAGAACCUAUUCUACCCGAUGAAAUGGAAAUGCCAAAGAUUCACUCAAUUUUGGAGGAAGAAAAAAAGAAAUAUAAGAAAAAAACUUGUUUUUUUUUGGUUCAAAUAUUUCACAUACUAAAGGAAGCACUAACUUCUGAAUCUCCUCUAAGUGAUGGAUUAUUGAAAAACAGAGAACCUAAGCCAUCCUACUCUUUCUCAUCAGAUAUUGGCCCAAGUCAUUUGAAAGAUUAUGUGAAAAUCAAUGUAAUAGUGAGCAAAUCUGCUGAAGUUGAUGGAGAUUUUGUGGAUUUUGUUUCGGAGAGUCUCUCUCAUCAACUCUUAAAGUUCAUUUUUAUGCUUUCUUAAUUUUUUUUAGGAAGAAUUAUCAUAAACAUGUAUGAGUAUUCUCCGUUUAUUCUAAAAUUAGAAUUUAAUCCUU